UAGUUUAUGCUUUAGUUGCCGGGUGGGUCGUAAGGCAGCAGCACACAAUUGUCAUCACGUGAGGUCACAAUGGUUUCUGAUAGUUUCGACGACGAGUGAUCAGAACAGCGAAUGUUUUGAAUUUCUCGAGAAAUUCAAGCAUCUGCCGUGUUCUCUAACUAAACGUUGAAAUUUUAAACAUUUCAUACAAUAAAACGUUUACAUUAAAAUAACAUAUCAGAAUGACAGAAUAUUGGUUGAUAUCUGCACCAGGGGACAAAACAUGUCAGCAAACAUGGGAAACCAUGAACGAUUUAACAUCAAAGCAACAUUCUUUGUCGGUCAAUUACAAAUUUCACAUCCCUGAUCUGAAGGUUGGAACAUUAGAUCAGCUGGUUGGUCUCUCGGAUGAUUUAGGAAAGCUUGACACCUAUGUUGAACAAGUGACACGCAAGGUGGCAACAUAUUUGGGAGAAGUUUUAGAAGAUCAAAGGGACAAGCUCCAUGAAAAUCUUAUGGCUAACAAUAGUCAAACGUCAGUGGAUGGGGAGAGCUCGAGCCCCGAAGGGGGUCCGGACACCCCGCCAAACACCCCCGUCACCCCAUCACACAAGACUUCAAGGGAGCACCACAAGCAGUGGAAGGAAUCGGAGAAAUGUGAACCAGAACCGGCCACCUGUUUAGGUCAGCAUCAUCACCAGCGUCAUCAUCAUCAUCACGAGCAUCAUCACAGUCAUAAACAUCAUAAUCACACUUCUGAUUUUGAGAAGAAGUCAUCACACAGCCCUCAAGGCAUCUGUGAUGUUCGAUCAUCAAAUGAUCCCUUAUCAGCAUAUUCAUGCUACCACGCGCAUUGGUGCGCUGCUUCUACCUCUUCCACACCUAUUCCUAGUCCUACUCCUACAAGUCCAAGUCUUUCCCUUUCAUCAAACUGUAGCAGCGAAGGAGAGACCAGAUGGCAGUCGGCGCUGCGUCAUCGGACUACCGAGAAAGCAGAUCAGUCUACCUCCAAUCGAAAAUCGCUCGGCAAUGACGACGACGACGACGACGACGACGACGACGAAGACGAUGUGGAUCAAAACAACGACCAAGACCAAGACCAAGACCAUAGCGGCAAUUUGCCCAAUCCAGGUGAUCUACCAUCUUAUAUAACUCGAUUCCAGUGGGAUAUGGCAAAAUAUCCUAUCAAACAAUCAUUAAGAAACAUUGCUGAUAUAAUCAGCAAACAAGUUGGUCAGAUUGAUGCAGAUCUCAAAACGAAAUCUACAACGUACAACAAUUUAAAAGGCAGUUUACAAAAUCUUGAAAAGAAACAAACAGGAAGUUUAUUAACAAGAAAUUUGGCAGAUUUGGUGAAAAAAGAACAUUUCAUCCUGGAUAGUGAAUAUCUAACUACUUUACUUGUAAUUGUGCCAAGAGCAAACUUCCAUGAUUGGUACAGCGGAUAUGAAAAGUUAACGAAUAUGAUUGUACCACGUAGCUCACAGCUUAUUAUUCAAGAUGCUGACUAUGGAUUAUUUACUAUUACUUUAUUCAAGAAAGUCAUUGAUGAAUUUAAGUUACAUGCUCGUGAGAAAAAAUUUAUCGUUCGUGAUUUUACAUACAAUGAAGAAGAAUUAGCGGCAGGAAAAAAUGAGAUAACAAAAUUGGUAACCGAUAAAAAGAAACAAUUUGGCCCGCUUGUACGUUGGUUGAAAGUUAAUUUCAGUGAAUGUUUCUGUGCAUGGAUUCAUGUAAAAGCCCUACGUGUAUUUGUAGAGUCUGUCCUAAGGUACGGCUUGCCUGUAAAUUUCCAAGCAAUAUUACUGCAUCCUCAUAAAAAAUGUGCGAGACGAUUACGCGAUGUUCUUAAUCAGCUUUAUGCUCAUCUAGAUUCCUCUGCUACAUCUUCUGCAGGAAAUCAAGAUAGUGUGGAUAUACCAGGAUUAGGUUUUGGUCAAAAUGACUAUUUUCCUUAUGUGUAUUAUAAAAUCAACGUAGAUAUGGUCGACAAUAAGGUUUAAUCAUCAGAGAUGAAUUUAUUUCCCUAUAUUUUAAAUAUAUUUUCAUUUAAAUAAUACAUACUUCUGUAACUCCAGGUACUUAACAAAGGUGCGUACUACAAAAUAAUAUUGUUAUGUACAUGAAGUAUAUUUUGCAUUUUGUUUCGUUUUAUUGUUUUCAUUUUCAAUUUUAAACGUAAUUCUCAUCGGUUCACUUCCAGGAGUAAAUAAAAAAUAUUUAUUGAAAAAAAAAAAAAUGAUAUUUUUAUAGUGCAUCAAAAUGCCUGGAGAGAUGUAUGUAAUUUGUUAUUAGCUCAAUAUAAACUGUGCAUAAUAGAUUGUACAAUUAUUUGUAUAAAUUCUAGAAAACACAUUAAAAACUUUCCUUUUUUUUUGAACAGGCUACAUUUAACCGAACAAAAUACUAGUACAAAUGAAAUUCAUAAUACAAUUGUUGUAUUGGCUUUCCAUGUUUAAAAAACUGAAAAUAUCGAAAUUAUUAUUAUUAUUGUAAUAAGGAUAUAUUCUUUGCAAUGUCUAUAUACGCUAAUUUAUUAAAGUUUCCGUUAAAUAUAGCACAACCUAUUUUACAUAGUAUUACAACAAGAGAAAAAGGAACGAAAACUAUGUCAAAAUAAAAAUACUCCGACAUAAAACUGUAUUAUUUUAUGUAUUAUCUAUAAAAUUAAGAAAAUUGUUAAUAUUGAAAGGAAGAGUUCAUAUUAUUACGAAAACAUAUUAUAAUAUGGAUCAAUAUGCUUUCACUGUGUUCAUCCAAAAAAUCUUCAUAAUGCAUGUAUUAUGAGGUAAACAGCAAAGUAAGUGUUAUAUAAAUGUUAAAAUAUAUGAAUUCCUUUCGUAAAACAUUGAAAACUGAUGUUUUAACAAUCCAGAGUAUACAGAUACGUGCCAGUAUCAGUGUUACUAACUAGGAGUUAUAAAAUUAUAAAAUAUUAGUUAAACGUUGAAGUAUUACUAUUAACAUUAUAUUUCAAGUUCGGAUAGUACCUAAAUGAAUUGAAACGAAGUAUUAAAGUAUUGAUUUGAAGGCUGCACAAAAAUUGAAAAAGUACCAUUAAUAAAUCACUAUAGUAAAUUUCAAGUGAUCGAACAGAUUGUAUUAUAAAUGCUUUGUGUAUAAAAAGUAUAUCAUGCGAUAUUAUUUUAAAUAUUGCUCAUAUCUAAUUUUCUUCGAAAUAAUACUUCCGGUACACAAGCAUAAACGAAAGUGUAUGUUUAAAUAUUAUAAUCUGUACAUAUGUUUUAAAAACAGAAUGGCUUAGAGGUAUGAUAACACUGUUUCUAAUUUGUGCAACAUGUUUUAAUUCAUUAAAAAUAAUCUACACAGUUUAUAAUUCUUGUUUCAAUAAUUAGCCAGUGUUACAAAACACUUGUAUUCCAAAUGUAAUUAUAUUGUUGACGAUAAACUGUUAAUAAAAAAAAGAACAUAAAAUUGUAUCGUCAUCGAUUAAAUUUUAUUUAAAAAUUAAAAAAAGUGGAAGAAGGAAGAACAGAGAACAGUUGCCUAUGCGUCAUGCGGUUAAAAUAUUCCAUGUAUUAAAAAUGUUACGUGUAUCAUAUAAUAAUAAUUUUUAAAAUGUA